AUAUAACCAGUUUUGGUUGUUUUACCAGUAGAAUAAUCUAUAAAAAGAAAUACAACACAACAUACAAUAUUUAAUUUAGGUUUAUAAAAAUACCAUGAUUUCAAGACAAACAUUCGGCCUUUCUAUCGGCCUUUUGCGUUCAAAUGGACUUCAGUUAACGUGUGUAGCUGGGAUAAAAUACUUCCCGCCUCCCAAGAAUUAUGAUGAUAUCGAGAUUCCUGAACGCCAGAGGCUGCGUCCUCUGGACAAGGUGCCUACAUAUCCUGCUAAUUUGAAACCGCCAAAAAUGCAGAAGAGGUUGCGAUACAUGCGUGGUCCUGAGCUCCUGCACAACACGCUACAGUUAAAGCAGUAUGGUGUUAUUGCAACUGGUGGUGGUAGAAUGCGUCAUGAGCACUUUGAAAUGGCUCGUCUUGUAGUAGCCCGUAAAUUAGACAUGAAGAGAAUGUACGCUAUUUGGCGCAUUGACCCCCCGUGGCAACCAGUCACAAAAAAAGGCCAGGGGCAGAGAAUGGGCGGUGGAAAAGGAGCAAUUGAUCAUUAUGUUACCCCUAUCAAGGCUGGCAGAGUUAUAUUGGAGGUUGCCGGCAAAUGUGAAUAUCAAGAGGUCUGGCAAAUGUUGAAAAUUGUGGCGGAAAGAUUACCAUUUCAAGCAGAAGCUGUGUCACAAGAAAUCAUGGAGAAGAAAGCAGAUAAUGAAAAGUGGCAAGAAGAAAACAAUCAGAAUAAGUACACUAUGAAAUAUGUUAUUCAAAAUAAUAUGGGUGGAUGCCACAGAAUGCUUUCGCCGUUUGAUCACUAUUGGUAUGGCAGGCAUUUGUAGAUAUUUAUGUAUAUUGUAAUUAGUUCAAAAUAUAGUUGAAUUUAAGUUGA